CAACGAUAAUCAUUCUUAGUACAAUCAGCUGAUUUCAUCAAAAGGGACAUGCAGCUGAUAACAAAUUAAGCCACAAAAACCGGCAUUAGUUAAAUAAAAAUAAUACUAAAUAGUCGAAAUGUCACGGAGCAGUUUCCUGAAGCCGCUCCGAUUUUGGCCAAUCCAAAUUCAGCGGUACACUAGCAAGCAAUUGUGGCAACAGCCCACAAGCGGCAAGGAUACUGGCAUACAAAUAUAUAACUGUAUAACUCGUGAAAAGGUGCCUUUGAUACUGCCCAGCAACACAUAUGCGACUUGGUAUACAUGUGGUCCCACUGUUUAUGACUCGACACAUGUUGGCCAUAUUAGCUGUUACGUUAAACUAGACAUCAUACAACGUAUACUGCGCCAGCAUUUCAAUGUGAACCUCGUAACAGCAAUGAAUAUAACGGAUAUUGAUGACAAAAUAAUACUCAAAAGCAAAGAAAGUGGUAGAGAUUGGCGUGAGUUGUCGCGAUUUUACGAAAGUGAAUUCUGGUCAGAUCUGGCACAACUUAACAUACAGGAGCCAAACAUAACGCUACGUGUAACAGAGCACAUACCACGAAUAGUCGAAUUCAUAAAACUUAUCAUCGAAAAGGGUAACGCAUACAAGGGUAGCGAUGGUAGCGUUUAUUUUUCUGUUAGCAAAUGUAAAAAUUACGGCAAGUUACAAAAAGUGAACAUGGACGUAGAGCCAGAAACCGGCUCAAAUGAAAUAAAUGUUAAAAAUGCUGCAGCUGAUUUUGCGCUUUGGAAAUCGCAAAAAAAUGAAAAUGAACCCGCAUGGGCAUCGCCUUGGGGUGCUGGUCGUCCUGGUUGGCAUAUCGAAUGCAGCACAUUAGCCAGCAUGAUUUUCGGUAAACGGUUGGACUUUCACGCUGGCGGUUUGGAUUUAAGAUUUCCACACCAUGAAAACGAGGAAGCACAAAGUUGUGCAUACCACAGCACACAGCAAUGGGUGAAUUAUUGGCUUCACACCGGACAAUUGCAUAUUAAAGGACAGCCGGUAAAAAUGUCGAAAUCUCUAAAGAAUACCAUUUCCGUGGGUGCUAUGUUAGAACGUUAUACCGCAGACGAGUUUCGCAUGGCCUGUGCACUGUCGAACUAUCGCAACGCUGUAGACUAUAGCGAUGAGCUAAUGCAAACGUCAAGAAAUACAUUGAAACGUUUUAAAACAUUUAAAGCCGAUUAUGAUGCAUAUUUAAGUGGUAAAAAGCGUGCGGCACAAGUGGAUGCUAGUGAAAUUCUUAGUGGCUUACAGCGUGCACUACAAGAUAUAGAUUCUUGCUAUAAGGAUGAUUUUGAUACAGCACGUAGUGUUGGUGUACUUCUGGAACAAGCGAACACAGUGAGUCGGCAAAUUAACGCCGGCGGCAGUGAAGUUGGAACGAAUUUGACCACAAGCAGUAGCUUGGAUGCUAUAGCAGCUGUAAAUAACUUCAUACAGCAACAUCUGCAUAUUCUCGGCUUUACUUUUGCGGAAGAAUCAAGAGCGCAGGCCUUAAGCGCGAAUGUAGAAUUCAAUUUGGAGCGUUUUGUAGAAGAUUUGUUACAGUCAAGACAUUUAAUUCGCGAACGUGCAGUAGCGGGAAAGAACAAAGAACUAUUCGGAAUUUGUGACGAAUUGCGUAAUUGCUUGAGCCAACAUGGAAUUACUAUACAAGAUCACAGUCAGGGUACUUCAUGGCAAUUUAGAAACAGUAAGAAAUAAAGUUGUUUGUUUGAAAAACUGAAA